UCCCCCCACCCCUAGAUCUGAUGGGGGCGGUAGAGCAGACUCUGGAGGGGCGGCCGGGAGGACGCGGCGUGCGCGCAGGUUGUAGGGUUCGGGGUGACCCUAGAGGGGCGGACACUCAGAUCCGGGUGCGGAACACUUGGUGGGAUCUGGAAACGGAAAACCAGGUCCACGCCCGGGACAGAGACCCAGACUCGAGGCUGCGUUGCGGCCCUAGAGUAGGGGAACGCACCAGGGACAGGCUGAGCCGAGGGCCGGGAACCUGUGGAUGGAGGCCCAGAUCUGGAGUCCCGGGAGACCGAGACGCAACCCAGAAUGGAGCAUGUAUAGGACUCUGUGCUAGUGUCUGAUGUGAGGGGGGUUUGAGGUUGGGAUAGAUAACAGCGUUAAGGGAGUAGCCCAGGGCAGCCAGCGGGCAGAGGCAGAUCCCGCGGGGACAGUAUCCAUGGGGGCGUGUCCCAGGCUGCUGUGAGCCCGGAAAGGUGACAGGGCAGGCGGGCGACUGGGAAAGACCAAAGGUGAGCAGUUAAGAGGUUGGACCUUCUGCAGGACAUAAGAGACUCAGCCCUGACUCCCACCCUCUUCUCAAAAAGAAGGCGGCCGGCGGGCCAGCCAGCCAGAGGCUGGAGCAGGAGCUGACCACAAGCCGAGGAUCUAGGAAGGCUAGGCCAUGGCUCCACCGCCACUACUACCAUUGGCCUCCAGUACCCCAGUCCUGCAUGGCGAGUUCGGUUCCUACCCAGCUCAUGGCCCACGGUUUGCCCUAACCCUCACAUUGCAAGCCCUGCACAUACAGCGGUUGCGCCCGAAGCCUGAAGCCCGGCCCCGAGAUGGCCUAGUCCCUCUGGCAGAGGUCUCAGGCUGUGGCACUCUGCAAAGCCGGAGCCCCUCAGACACCGCAGCCUACUUCUGCAUCUACACCUACCCACGGGGCCGGCGUGGAGGCCGGCGCAGAGCUACUCGCACCUUCCGGGCUGAUGGUGCGGCCACUUACGAGGAGAAUCGUGCAGAGGCCCAGCGCUGGGCAACUGCCCUCACGUGUCUCCUUCGAGGGGUGCCUCUGUCUGGAGACCAGGAAAUCACCCCUGAACUGCUGCCGCGGAGGCCCAGGCUGCUCAUCCUGGUUAAUCCUUUUGGGGGGCGGGGCCUGGCCUGGCAGCGAUGUAUGGAUCAUGUGGUACCCAUGAUCUCCGAAGCUGGGCUAUCCUUUAACCUCAUACAGACAGAACGACAGAACCAUGCUCGUGAGCUGGUGCAGGGCCUGAGCCUAAGUGAGUGGGAGGGCAUUGUCACUGUCUCCGGAGAUGGGCUGCUUUUUGAGGUGCUGAACGGGCUCCUCGAUCGGCCAGAUUGGGAAGAUGCCGUGCGGAUGCCCAUUGGGGUCCUCCCCUGCGGUUCCGGCAAUGCACUAGCUGGGGCAGUUAACCACUAUGGCGGGUUCGAGCCGGCUGUCGGUGUUGAUCUGCUGCUCAACUGCUCGCUGCUCCUCUGCCGCGGUGGCAGCCAGCCUCUGGACCUGCUCUCCGUCACACUAGCCUCAGGAUCCCGCUGUUUUUCCUUCCUGUCAGUGGCCUGGGGAUUCUUAUCAGAUGUAGACAUCCACAGCGAGCGUUUCAGGGCCCUGGGCAGCGCUAGGUUCACCCUGGGUGCGGCACUGGGCCUGGCCACAUUGCAUACCUACCGUGGACGGCUCUCCUACCUCCCUGCUACCACAGAGCCAGUCCUGCCCAUUCCGGGUCACAGCCUGCCUCGAGCCAAGUCAGAACUAGCUUUGGCCCCAGCCCCAGCCCCAGCCGCCACCCACUCGCCCCUUCAUCGCUCAGUGUCUGAUCUGCCCCUGCCCCUGCCCCAACCUGCCUUGGCCUCCCCUGGGUCCCCUGAACCCCUACCUGGCCUUUCUCUCAACGGUAGCGGUCCAGAGCUGACUGGAGACUGGGGGGGAGCUGGGGAUGCACCUCUGUCCCCAGAUCCACUGCUGCGCUCACCCCCUCGGUCUCCCAAAACCGCUCAGCUUUCACCCAUCACUGAGGGGCCCCCGGAAAUGCCAACAACCUCGGGGGCCCCGCCUUCCAGCUCCAGUGCUCCAAAAGUCUCUGCCUGGGGCCCAGCUGACCACCUGCUCCCUCCCCUGGGCUCUCCACUGCCCCCAGACUGGGUGACGAUAGAAGGCGAGUUUGUACUCAUGUUGGCCAUCUUGCCCAGCCACCUCUGUGCAGACCUGGUGGCUGCCCCUCAUGCUCGAUUUGACGAUGGCGUGGUGCACCUGUGCUGGGUGCGCAGCGGCAUCUCACGGGCUGCGCUGCUACGCAUUUUGCUGGCCAUGGAGCAUGGGAACCACUUCAGCCUGGGCUGCCCUCACCUGGGCUAUGCUACAGCUCGUGCCUUUCGCCUCGAGCCACUCACAUCUCGUGGCGUGCUCACUGUGGAUGGGGAGUUAGUGGAGUACGGGCCAAUGCAGGCGCAGGUGCAUCCCAGCCUCGCCAAGCUACUCACUGGGCCUGCAGGUCAGAAGCCGUGACCCUAAACAAGCCUGAAACAUGCCGAGGUGGUGCGACCAGAUCACCAUAGGAUAUGGCCUGGCUUUUAUAGGUAGAAGUAGGACCGGAACUCAGACUAGCAAGAGUGGAAAUUGGUGUUGGCCCUCGAGUCCCAGAGGGCCUAGCGGCUGAGGGUGGGGCCUGCCUUCCUUGCUGCCCAAUGACGGGGCCUGGAAUGUAUGAGCUAGCAAGGCCUCAGCUCAUUGGCCAGCCAGGAUUUCUUCUUGCCUCCUUCGGUGCCUCCACUUGACUGGCCAAUCAGCCCAUGAGGGGCAGGUUCCCCCAGGCGGUCCCCAGGAUUUGCACUAAUGGUCCGCCCCUUGCCGGUGGGGGGUGGAGAAAUUCACUCCUCACGUCGUGUGUGUCCCUGGUCUAAAAAGCAAUUGAAAAGGUCUAUGCAAUAAAGGCGUCGCUUUCUUCUUCGCCCCUUCCGUCUAA